UUCACUUGCUGUUUAUCAGGUGUGUGUGUGAGUGUGUGUUCUGUAUCAGCGUCUGUAUAUCGUCUAUAUAUAUAUAUAUCUAUAGGGCAGAAAUCCAAAACCCUCAGAAAAAUCCUCAAAUCCCAGAAGGGGAAAAGUUGAAUAUGCUUUAGAUGGUUGGUUGUUUUUCUCUAUUUCAAAAAUGGUUUUGCAAACCCUACUGGUCAAAGCUCGGGAACAGCAGCUCCGUCCCAUGUUGUUCUACCUCCGGGGGAUUCUUUGCUCUGUCAAGGAUUUUAACUUUGUGGUGAUUCUGUUGUCUGCACUUUUGAUUCUUGUGACGUGCAAGGAAUGCUCGGUUCAAAAUCAGCUGGAAACCGAGGCGUGCAGGUCCAAUGUGGACAAUUUUACUGACUCUUCGAAUGCUUUUGAUGCUAAUGCUGGCUCUGAAUUGGUGUCAAGAUAUUCUGUUGAGCAGAAUAGUAUUGAAAAUGUAUGCCCUCUUCAGAAUUCAUUUUGUUUUGCUUCAACAUUAACUGGGAUUUCAGCAAAUGGAAGUGAUGCUGAAGAUGGUUAUGGAGUUCAGUCAGAAGGUUUUCUAAGGCAGAUGAGAAGUAAUGUGAGCUGGUUGUCGGACGAAGUUAUCUUCAAGCUCAUUGGUGGAAGGAGUAUUUCGUGUUCUUUCUCUGUGCAAGGUGAAUUUCCUGAAUUUCUGCCUAGUGACAGGAAUGCCGGGAGGAACUAUAAAACCGAUGUUUCUUCUUGCAGAAGCCCAAUGAUUAACAAAAAGGCUCACUACACAAGGCCGGUAGAGAAUUCUGAGACAGCAAAAUCUGGCUUUUUGGAUGGCCUGUCCGAACCACCUGUGGAAGUAAAACCAACUUUGCUUGAUUGGGGGCAUAAGAAUAUCUUUCAACCUUCCUUAGCUUUCUUGACAUUGAAGAAUAGACAUGCCGACAGUGUUUUGAGCGUCUAUGAUCUUUACAGUAGCAACCCACAGUUUUACCCGUGCAAUUUAAGUGAAAUUCUGUUGGCUCCCGGUGAUGCUGUGUCAAUGUGCUUUGUUUUUUACCCCAUUCAUCUUGGAUUGUCUCAGGCUCAACUAGUUUUACAGACGAGUUUUGGUGGAUUUUUGAUUCAGGCUAAAGGCUACGCUGUUGAGUCACCUUAUCUUGUGAAAGCUCUAAGUGGCAUCGAUAUUUCUUCCAAUGGAAGGUGGAGACAGAAUUUGUCUUUGUUUAAUCCUUUUGAUGAAGUCCUUUAUGUCGAUGAAGCAACUGCCUGGAUAUCCACUUCCUCAGGGAAUGCAUCUAUAUCUUCGUCGGUUUGCUGCAUUCACGGAUUGGAAGAUUCUGGUGACUACAGUGUCUUAAGUGCUAAAGACUGGUUGGCUGUUCAAAGUGGACUUGGUCGACCCCUUGUUGCAAUGAGACUGCCUAAUGAUUGGGAGAUCGAUCCUCAGAAAACAGAGACCAUCAUUGAGUUAGAUAUAUCCAACCAUUUUCAAGGGAAGAUUGUUGCUGCUUUCUGUCUAAAGUUGCUCCGAUCAUCGGAUGAUGAAGCAGACACUGUGAUGAUUCCAUUAGAGGCAGAAUUAGGCCUAAACACUGCUUAUACAGGCCGUAUUUCGUCAUCCCUGGAAGCUUUAGUUCCGUGCAAUACAAGUGGGUUGAUUGCUGUAGGUCUUUCUAUCAGAAAUGAUGCUCCGUAUUUGGUCAGAUUUAUCAAGAUCGCUGAAGUAGGGGAAGGUGUAGAAAAUUUUCAUAUUAAGUCCGUAGAAGGACUUGUUCUUUUUCCUAAUACCACCACAAAGGUUGCUAUUGUUAGUUAUGCUCAUAAGAGAACUCUUGAAAUGGGAAUGAACUGCAGAUUAUGUGUACUGAUAAACGACACAAGAAAUUCUCUGAUCGAAAUCCCUUGCAGUGAUGUAAUCAGUAUUUGCCCUGGAAGGCAAUUAGAUUCCUCUGUUGGAAAUGCAGAAGGGACCGAUGUUGUUGAUUAUAUAAAUGGGGGAGAGAGAAUUUUCGGUGGCAGAAAACAGCUGUCAUCUGGGGUUAAGGCAAUGAGCGCAAGGGAAGCCGACGAAUUGGUACUCAGAAACUGGAAAUCCCAUGCCACUGCAAGUUUCAUAUCUGUUCUUUAUGAGAACGAGCUACUAUUUCCGAUGGUUUUGGUUGGGAACUACUGUUCUCAGUGGAUAGCCGUUAGAAACCCGAGUAAAGAACCUGUUGUAAUGCAGAUUAUUUUGAAUUCCGGGGAAGUCAUUGAUAAGUGCAAGACACCCGAGGAGCCUUCACAACCCUCAUCAUCCAAGAUUUUGGGUGGAGAAAAAUCAGUUGGCCCAACGAGCUAUGGUUUCUCGAUUGCAAACAAUGCUGUGACAGAAACUGUUAUUCAUCCAUACGGCACUGCAAAUCUUGGCCCGAUCCUUUUCCAUCCUUCCCAUAGAUGUGAGUGGCGAAGCUCGGUCUUAAUUAGGAACAAUCUCUCUGGUGUAGAAUGGUUAUCUCUGCAAGGAUCUGGAGGCACAAUUUCCUUAGCAUUGCUCGAGGAAAAUGAUCCUGUGCAUAGUCUAGAUUUUAAGUUAAAUUUGUCGACUUGGGCGAAUUUUUCUUCUCCAGAUGCAUUACAAUCUGUAGGAGGUAAAUCUCACUCAUGUCGCCAGCCCUUGAAAAAGGAAGCUUAUGCCAAGAACAUGGGAGACCUUCCGCUAGAGGUCAUAAAAAUGGGAGUUUCGGGGGCAGAAUGUGGGUUGGAUGGUUUCACGAUACAGGAUUGUAAAGGCUUUUUACUUCUGCCGGGAGAAUCCACAAGGCUUCGAAUUUCAUAUCAGAGCGACUUCUCGGCGGCCACUAUGUACAGAGACCUUGAGCUAGUUUUGGCAUCCGGCGUCGUCGUGAUACCUAUGAAAGCGAGUAUACCGUUGUGCUUUCUUAACUUCUGCAAGAAAACAAUGUUCUGGAUCCGGCUGAAGAAAGCUAUGCUCGUAAUGCUUUUUGCGGCUUUGUUGCUGGUCUUCCUGCUGUUUACCCAAGCACCGGUUAUUUCUUCUCAAGAACUUAAAGACGGCAAGAACCAUUCUCCUGUGAUUCGCUCCUUGAAUUCUUUAUACGUGCGUUUGAAUCUGAAGAACAGUGGCGUGGAUGAGUUCCUGAGAUCGGAUGCUCCUGGUGCAGCUUUGCUAAUGGAACCUGCCACAUGUUCCGAAGAUGUUGCCCCUGUUCAAGGACAUGUAAAUUCGAAAGCAGCAGGUAAAAAACAAACUAAAUCUUCGGUAGAUAUUGAGCCCGAAUCAAACCUGGCGACCAUGCUGUCAAGACCUUCAUCAACCGAAAACCUUGAUAAGCAAGACACAUCCGAUUCACGGAAUCUGAGAGUUAGAAUCGGAAAGGAGAAAGGACGUAGACGUAGGAAGAAAAAGAAUUCCGGUACAGGCGUGUUACCCUUUGAAGUUUCGAGCAGUCACAGCAGCAACUCCACCCCAUCCUCACCUUUGUCGCCUGUUGCAUCUGCAACACCACGACGACCCCCGCCGGCAUCUCCUGCUGCUGUAGAGCAGCAACCUAUGGAACCCAGAAACAUAUUUUCCCAGAAAUCUGAUAGUGCUAGAUGCACCGAGAGUUCUCGGAUGGAUAAUGUCGUGGUUGAGGUUCCCUCGAGACAUGGAAACAGAAAUCAUAGUGCUUGUGUGGAAGACAAUCGUAGGUUGACGGGGAAUGUGGCUGCCAUCCCUGUUCUCACACCUUCUGCUACCUUUCCUAGUGCUGGUAGGGCCGUACCACCCAAGGUGACGAGUAAUUCUCAAUUAUCGGUUUCUACAUCCGCCAUUGAUCUGCAUUCCCGAGCCCCGGGGACUAAGCUCCAUAACAGAAAGACCAGUGGCCCUGAGGAGAAGAUGACUUCCGAGCAGAAAUAUACUUAUGACAUAUGGGGUGAUCAUCUUUUCGGAUUCCCUUCGACUUACCAGCCAAACAAGUUAUCAUCUGGAAUAUCCUUGUCUGCCGGUGAGAACAAUUCUGAGAGCUUCUUUGUAAGGGGCCCCCAAGCCCUCAUGAAAAACCCUAUGCUGCAACCUGCAAAUUCCGAUUUGGAGGGUAAUGAAUAAUUAAGUUCUAUAUAAAUCGUUCUCCUGCAUCUCUACUGUCUCUUAUUUUGGCUUCGCUGUUUAUAAUCUUGCCUGAAAAUUGUGACAACGUAGCGAACAUGAAAUGGCGUAAAACUCACUUGUCGUAAACACUAGGGGUGCUUUGUAGUUUAUGGGAUUCAUUCAACAGCAUGUGCUCUAGGACCACUAAUUGGGAUGAAUUCGGGUGUAAUAUGACGAUCAUACUUGGUAGUCGAAGCUAUUUAGAUCAUUGUAGGUAACUUUAAAAUUUUGAUUUAUUUGUUUUGAUAUUGAUUGAAGUAAUCUGUUUUCUUAUAUCUUCUGUUCUCAACACAUAUAAAAAAUCGAAUAAAGGUCAUACGGAAAAGAUUAUCGUAUCCAUGUGUAGUUCAGUUCAGUUCUGUCGUUGGUAAUGUAUUGCAAGAUUCUUGGAUUCUGAAUGUUUAGAUGUUAUUAUUAUCUUGUUCCACAUUCAUCUGGUUGGAAAAAGCAGAGGAUUCGGAUUGGGGAAGUCUCCCGGACUUAUGAUGCAAGAAUGGUUUUAGAAACAUGUAUAUUACCGAAAGAAGAUUGAACUGUUUUUCGAUGGCUGAUUGUUAGGAGUUUGGAAUGGCGACGUAAACGUGGAGUUUCUGAUUCAGGUGAAUUACAUUCGUCGUUUCGUUUCAUCUUUGAUGUAUUAUGGUUGAGAUGUUUUCAUAUAGCAGCGAAUGAGAGAGAUCUACAUCUCCUCAGUUUCUCAAUAUGUUUUGUUUUGCGUCAUCUUUUUGAGAAAUGGUUGAAGUUCAUUUUGAUGUUUGUGUGUUCUUGAAUCUUGUUUUGCUGUGCCUGUAAUGCAAAUGCAAAUGCAAUGUUGUUGAUGAUCGUAUGUUAUCUGUUCUCUGUU